GUUCAGCGUGUCUGGAUCAGCCAUGGCGGGUCCUGAAGGCUUAGCUGUGGCUGGGACCCUGGAUUGGCUCUUCCCCGGCGGUGCUGUCUCGGAGCGUGAGCAGCAGCGCCCCUUAGGUGUGGCGCCCGAGCUGCCACAGAGCCCCGGCCCGGGCGGUGGUGCAGUGGCGGUGCCGAAGAAGAGCAGGUCGGAUGAGCCAUGGUUCAACGGACGAGGGAAUUUGUCAGGCAAUGCGGACCUGCUCUUGGAUUCUGAUCUGUUGGUCGACUUCCAGGCUGUGAAGUUAGUGAAGCGCACGCUGAAGGUGAAACAUUCGGCCGAGCUCUUCCAGACCCUUGCGGACAUUGAUGCCAUGAAGCGACUUGGCUUCUCCUUGCACUGUGUCCCCAGCAAAGCUCAGGAGCAAGUCUUAGUUCCCCAGGGAAACACCUUGACCCUGGGCCAUGUGCUGCCGAAGCGAUGGCUGCUGACGGUCUACUACCAAGUGCAUCGUCGGGUGGACGUGGAAAGCGCCCUGACGCAGAUGGGAUAUUCCAUCUCGGGCUGUCGGGAAGUGGAGGCUGAUGCCACUGUGCCCAUGGAUCAGCUGCUGAUGCAUCGCCACGGCUGUCAACGCUAUGGCCUUUGGGUUCUGCAGGGCGAGGACAUCGAGGUGCACAACGGCAGGGCUUUGGACACCGAGAUGCGGCGCUGGCAGGCGAGCUAUGAGGGGGCCAACCUGCGUGCCAUUGGACCCAACUGAGGCAAGUUUCACCACGGGCAGGACCCACCGGUUUCAUGCGGAAUGUGG